CUAGUGAUACAUCUAUUGAAUGAUAAUAUAGUGACAAUAUCAGGGUAGCCAAUUACAAGUUUAUAUUCAAGAAUCAUGGCAGCCGGUCCUAUUGCGGAACGUAAUCAAGAUGCCACAAUAUAUGUGGGUGGUUUGGAUGAUAAAGUUACAGAAUCUCUCAUGUGGGAACUUUUUGUCCAAUCAGGACCAGUGGUUAAUGUUCAUAUGCCUAAAGAUAGGGUGACCCAAAUGCAUCAAGGCUAUGGGUUUGUAGAAUUUAUGGGAGAAGAAGACGCAGAUUAUGCUAUUAAGAUAAUGAAUAUGAUAAAAUUAUAUGGAAAACCAAUAAGAGUAAACAAAGCAAGUGCUCAUCAGAAGAAUCUAGAUGUUGGAGCUAAUAUCUUUAUUGGAAAUCUUGAUCCAGAAGUAGAUGAGAAACUGUUGUAUGACACGUUCAGUGCAUUUGGAGUAAUUCUUCAAACACCAAAGAUAAUGAGAGAUCCUGAGACGGGAAAUUCCAAGGGUUUUGCAUUUAUAAACUUUGCAUCGUUCGAUGCAUCUGAUGCAAGUAUAGAAGCAAUGAAUGGUCAGUAUUUGUGCAACAGGCCAAUUUCCGUAUCAUACGCCUUUAAACGUGACGCGAAAGGAGAAAGACACGGUAGCGCUGCUGAACGAUUGCUAGCUGCUCAAAAUCCACUGAGUCAAGCAGAUAGGCCUCAUCAAUUAUUCGCCGAUGCUCCUCCGCUAGCACCACCGCCGAUUCCAAAUUCGAAUACGGCGACUCAUCAAACUACUCAUCACCCUCAACAUCAUGUGAUGCAUCAUGGGAUGGUUGUACCACCUCCUCCACCUCCGUCAACACCAGGCCCUCCUAUGGGUCAUCCACCGCCACCACCUGUUCCACCUCCACCAGCAAGUGGUUUUCCUCCAGCAAGCAUUCCUCCACCUCCGUUGCCGCCAAUGUCAAUGGCGACGCAUCCUCCUUUACCACCUGGUAUGCCACCUCCGCUGCCACCUAUGCCUGUUCCAACGUCUCAAUCGCAGCAAACGGCACCCAGAAUGAUGGCGCCGCCACCCCCUCAUUGGGGUGUGAGUGGGCCACCUCAAGGUCAAUUUCCCCCUCCUCCACCCCCCUCAUCUACCGGAGCACCUCCACCUCCACAAUUUGGACAAUUUCAACCACCACCACCGCGACCUCCUCCAACCUGGAGGCAUCCACCUCCUCCUCCUGUGUCUCAAGGUGGACCACCGCCGCCUCCACCUCCGCAAUUUCGACCGCCUUUCCCGCCAAGAGGUCCUCCGCCACCUCCGCCGCCUCACGACUCCACUCAAUAUUAAAUUUAUCGUCCCUUCACUUUUCAGGCGUUAUCCUUGUUCUUUAACUUCACUGUGUUGAAAAUAUUCGCUCAUAUUGAUGUCUGUAUAAAUUUGUAUUUUAUAAGCACAAAGUCGCAAUAAAUUUCAAAUUCCUUU